GAGCAUCAGUAGGUGAUGAGCGUGGAGCAGAGACACGGGGGGGUGGGUGAGGUGAGGGGCGCGUGUUGGAUGUUAUAAGGCGCGUGAAUCUGCUCCACUGUCGCUCAGACCAAGUUGGAGUCGCGCGCGGCGGAGCGUGAAUGAAGAGGGAAGCGGGAUUUGUGAAUGAAUGAAUCACCGAAGUUGAUUCACAGAAUGAGGCGCGUGACCUGACGAUCCACUGACCGGGAACAGACACCGGGAAACCGCGCGCGGCACCAGUUUGUGCGCAUUUUCAGCGCGCGCCUCUCUGAAGAUACUCUUAUGUCGAGUCUCUACAGGACUCAUCCUAUUAUAAUAACAACAAUAAUAAUAAUAAUAAUUAAAGUCACGUGUCCAGCAGCAGCGGGAUGCCGGUCACUCCAGCGCCAGUCGCUCCGGUGCCGUCGCGCGCAGCCGUGCGUCCUGGCCGCGGCGCGUAAUCCUGGAGAGUGGACAGACGCUCCGCGCCAACGCGACCCGAUGAGACUCGUCGACGCGCGGCAUCUCCCGCAGCUGAUGUCGCUGGAGGACCAGGAGCCCACGAUGGUGGGAGGAACCAGCAUGGGCGCGCGGAACUCCACGCCCGCGGCGACGGCGGCGGCGGCGGAGGAAAGCGCGGGCGGCGCCGGGCAGCAGCCGCAGUCUUUCCCCUGGGUGGUGACGCUGUUGGCCGGCGUCCUCAUCACCACCAUCGUGGUCGAUGUUAUCGGGAACCUGCUGGUUAUCGUGUCCGUGUUCAGGAACAAGAAGCUCAGGAAAGCAGGAAACGCCUUCGUGGUGAGCCUGGCGCUCGCCGACCUGGUGGUGGCCAUCUAUCCCUACCCGCUGGUCCUGACCGCCAUCUUCCACGACGGCUGGAUCGCCGGCUACAUCCACUGUCAGAUCAGCGGCUUCCUCAUGGGCCUCAGCGUCAUCGGCUCCAUCUUCAACAUCACCGGCAUCGCCGUCAACCGCUACUGCUACAUCUGCCACAGCCUCAAGUACGACAAGCUCUUCUCCAACAGCAACACCAUGUGCUACGUGGUGCUGGUGUGGGCGCUCACCAUCCUCGCCAUCGUGCCCAACUGGUUCGUGGAGUCGCUGCAGUACGACCCGCGCGUGUACUCAUGCACCUUCGCGCAGUCGGUCAGCUCGCUGUACACCAUCACCGUGGUGGUGGUGCACUUCAUCCUGCCCAUCGGCAUCGUCACGUACUGCUACCUGCGCAUCUGGAUCCUCGUCAUCCAGGUGAGGAGGAGGGUCAAGCCGGACUCGCGGCCCAAAAUCAAGCCGCACGACCUCCGCAACUUCCUCACCAUGUUCGUGGUGUUCGUGCUCUUCGCCGUGUGCUGGGCGCCGCUGAACUUGAUCGGCCUGGCGGUGGCGCUGGACUCGCGGCUGGGCCGCUCCAUUCCGGAGUGGCUGUUCACGGCCAGCUACUUCAUGGCGUACUUCAACAGCUGCCUCAACGCCGUCGUCUACGGCGUCCUGAACCACAACUUCAGGAAGGAGUACAAGAGGAUCGUCCUCAUCGUCUUCAAUUUACGCUGCUGAGACGUUUGUGACUUUUAACGAACAAGGAAAAACAGCCGCGAAUGGAAGAGAGUGGACUUGGCAGAAAGGAAUAAAUGAGGCUUCACAACAGAGAAAGAUUUCCUGGACGUUGGAUUAUCCAAACACUGUGACGCACCAACUCCUCCAUUAACUCAAGUCGAGGCAGAAACACAAACAUUGACGCUGUUCCUGUCGCCUCCAUCGAGGUUCACGGAGGAGAAAAAGUGACUCGUAAUAAAUUACUUUUUUCUUUCUACGUUAACGAGAAAAAACUAAAAUUGUGCUGUGGGGAAAAAUGGUUGAUUUACAUCUGAACGUCAAAGUUUAACACGAGGCUCUGUUUCUUUACACAAACUAUUUCCAUCAUAAUAGAAAUUGAAAUUUUUUGGUACGGUGGCCCUGAGAGUUCAAAAUAUGUCAGAAAAGACACAAAAUGACACGACAAAUAUUAAUUUAGCUCAUUUUUCAACACAAACCGAUGAGUAGUGAUUUCAUAUUUAUUGUGUUUUGAUUAUUUUCAUUGGCAGCAGUUGAGUUGAGCUCUCAGGGCCACCGUAGAUCUGAGGAAGAAGCCAAACUCUCAAAGAAAGAACUAAAGAAAAGUGGAGGUUGGACAGAGAGGCCACAAUUAAACUCAAUCCAUCUUAAUCCAGCGUAAUUUCCCCUCGACAAACUUUCUCAAACUGUGUUCGAAAUCCACCAAAAAAGGUCCUCAAAAUCAUACAAAUAAAACCAAUUGACAUUGUUGGUCUUGCUCAUGCAAGAGCCAUGUAGAGACAACUUCCUCUUACUCCCAGAUUUCAAAAUAAAAGCACUUGUGCCAUAUUUGGGCUCCCACAAAUCUUAGUGCCAGAAGAACUUUCUGAGCUUCACCAUUUUUACAUAAAUGUGACAAAAUUCAUCCUAAUAUGUCCAGAUGUCGCUGAGAUAAACACAUAUGAAGUCGUCCUGUGGGACUGAACCAUGUUUUGCUCAAUAGGACGUCAUCGGUGGGUCGAUUCUUACCAAAAUUCAAUGGGAACAUACUUCCUGUGAUCACCUACCCAUCACAAAAAAAAAUCACAUUGAUCUGUCAAUAAAAUGCAGACAGGGAGUUGCUAAAAGAAGGACAAACUUUCAGAAAACAGUCUUAAUCAUUUCCCGUCGUUUCGAGUAUGAUUUUAUUCUUAAAUCUGUAAUAAAGCCAUGUUCCUGAUGCAAAAAGACGACCUCAACACCAUCGUUCACAAACAACUGCACCUCGGUUAUUGACGAGUGAAUUUACCUUGUAACGUUGAGCGGUGUAGCAUCUACCUCAUCAUCAGGACUCAUGCGGGACACAGGACAGAGCGUUGGACGGGGUGAAGACAGUUUGUUUGUGUCCCAGUUUCUUCUCCUGAGAGCGACAGAAAAAAACAAAGUGAGUUUGAAGAGAUCUCAGGUUUCACACGUUUAACACAUGAUAACAGGAUUGUCAAAGACGCAACACUGUGAAUCCUUUAUUUUUGUAAGUCCGUCAUAUUUACUUUACUUUAAGUUCCUACCUCCAGUUUUAGUCUAAUUCAGUGGUUCCCAAAGUCUGGGUGGGGACCCACAGAUGGGUCGCGGGAGAUUCUUUUUGGGUCCCCACACAAAUCCUCAAACUUUCCGUGAAUAUUUAUGUGAAUGUGUCAUACAUACAUAACAUACAAUGAAGUUUUAAGUCAUUUCCACAACACAUCUUGGAAGUUAUUUGUUUAGCGAUGCUUAGCGAGUCUUUCCGUUCACAUCACACCUCCACCGUUUCUGCUGCUCAGGCCCCGACAACGUGUUUCCACAGCGACGCUACGCUGAGACACUGAAGCCGAGGAAGAGACGGGAGGAAUCUGUCAAACUGUCACAAAUUACAUUUACACCUGUCACAGUUCAGGAGUCUGACAGUGGAGACAGUGAUGGACAAGCACAUGUUAAUGUCACUGCGUCUGACAGAUUUACCACGUCUGAGGGAAAGGGUCACAGCAGCAGACUCCAUUUACACCUGACGGAGAGAUAGAUGGAUGGAUGGAUGGAUGGAUGGGUAGAUACCCUGAAACAACACCUUGUGUUUUCACUGGCCAUUGGCCGCUAGCAGUUACAGCUACCUCACUGAUUUAGAACGUGAAUUCACUGUGGUCACGAUGUGUCUAAAGACUGUCCUUUAGCUUCCAAUUGUUAAAAUUCGGGUUUUAGACGAGCGUAAUCGGCCGUUCUCAACCGUCGUCUUCGUCUACUGGACUUUAAAUGGGUCAGUGAAGCUGGUCUGUAGUUAGGCCCACUGGAUCGCGAUCCAUUGCCGGUUUAUCUACAAUAGUUUCGCAUGGUCGAGCUAAAUCUGAUUUCGAAAUGACAGACGUUAAUGUAAAUAAAAAUGUUAUCGUCUUGUUAUUGGGUUUAUCUUGCACCAGCUUCUUAAUCGAACCCAAUCCGUUUGCUCGGAAAGUCUGGUUCGUUUGGGGAGGUGGGAACACGCAAACAAACUCUGAAACGUAGGUCUCGGAUUUGAUGCAGCGCCAUGCCACAAAAAAGCCAAAAAAUGCCUGGUAAAUGAAAACCUGGAAGUGUCGCACAAACGUCUACUUACUUGUUUUUGCCGAAAGUAAGCUCAGUGACCUCCUUCUUUCUUUCUUUGUACCGUCAAACACAGAGGACGUCGUCUGUGACCACCUGAAACUCCACAAACACGUGUAGAACUCAAGAAAACAAAAGGCUUUGUUAUGUUGCUGCUUGAAGCGUGGACUUGUUUAUCUCACCCCAGACUCUUUCACCUCCUCACAUCUUCGGGUUUCUUCCUCCCAGGGACACGAGCAGCACAGGUGCGAGGGCAGGACUCUCCAGAUCCCGUGAUAAUCCGAUGUGAAGGCAUUUCUGUCACACUCCCACAAACGCGUCCGUGUGUGACUCUAACGGCAUAAAACCAGACGGGACCCGGCGUCUCUGCCGCUCAGAAGCAAUACUGUGUUUGAUCGCUGCUGCACACCCGCUCUCGAUCUGAAUAUUCGACAUGAGAAUGAGCCAAAUGAUGGUUGUUAUGAGCAGGAUUCUGACCACAUCACUGUGUUUCACACUCCGAAUGUUGCGUGUGUGUGUGUGUGUGUGAAUCAGCAAUCCCAUUUCAAUGACCUCGCUCUGUGUGUGAGACUUGUUCUUCCUGAAUAUAAAAAAAUGGGUAAAUUAGGACCUUUAAAACAGCAGCAGGUUUGGUUAAUGAAGGGACACUGAGUGUAAACAAUAUAUUGUCUUAUCCUAAAACCAGGACAUUUAAUCUGAGGGGGGGAUUUUGACUAUAAAUGCUUUUUUUGGUCUGAUAUUUGGAGAAGGUACAGUCACUUCCUGCCCGGCCAUUUCCAGUAAAGUGUCGGCCAAAGAUGUAGAGAUGUUCAGCGGAAUUUAAUGUUGAAUCCCUCAGUGCUAACUGCUUAAAGACAACAUAAACAUAUGAAAUCUAUAUUGGAUGUUUUAACAGCUAAUGUUAACCUUAAAAAGUCCCAAAUUUCCACUCAACAAAAACCAAGGAGCUAGCUUAAAUUUUGACAGGAAGUGUUAAGUGAUUCGUAGGGUCAAGCGUGAGCUUAUAGUUGUUACUUUUGGGGACAGCCAGGCUAGCAGUUUCAUCAUGUAUCUAGAAUUUAUGCUAAACUAAGCUGCUACUUGCAUAUUUUUGGAAUACUUUUAUUUUAUUAAGAGGGUUUUUUUGAGAUUAAGGACAACACAGAGCUACAGAUAGCA